AGCAGAAAGUUUAAGUUAGGGUUAGUUGGUUGGUUAAGUUGGUUGAGGUGUUCUGGUGUGGUUAUCGUUAACGUGCACCUUGCGCAACAUGCCUUGGGCGGCGCGUUACCGAGGCAUGCCCCUGCGCACGAGGGAUUCCUGCGUGCGAGACCGUGAGUGGCCGAUCCGGCGGACCUAAGUUAACCUCACCUAACCAGGCACGGUUAGUAAAGAGCUUUAACUAUCAGCCCCCUUAACACGAAUGCCUCACCAAACGCCUGUAUCAACCUCACAUAACCAAUAUCCGGAGACGAACCUCCGGCACGACCACGAUGGUGCUAAAGUUUACUGUAGAACAGAUCGACUUGGUCCGCCGGUUAAAAGACACCGGUGUCACGAUGAAAGAGAUCGGCAUCAUAUACUACAAGUUGGAGCGGCUCGAGCGCACUAUCAGGAGGGGCGCCGAGCAAAGACGUUCGCCUCCUCAACAACAGCAUUACGCCGGUGCUAACGGCGGUGGAUUCACGGCACCCAACGGGAUUACGACGCCCCCGUCAACGACGAACGUAGCGAGCGCACCUCAGCCAACGCCGCCGUCCCAAGCGACGCCGAGAAACGAAGACGAAGAGUGCUCCUCUAGUUCGGAGGGCUCGUCGACUGAAUCGCCGUCGCACAACCACCAACAACAGAACGGCUUUCAACAGGACUGUGCCAUCGCUGCGGUGGGAGACGGCUGUCAAAGAUCGGCGACUGCACCUCCCGACUCGUCGCAGGGACACCCGAAUGCUGUUGUACCUCGAGGCGUUCAAGGCCUGGCGUUUCCACGGAGGCACCACUUCCGCUUCACCGAGUCCCAGCUCCAGGUACUGCGGAGGGCAUUUGAGGCCAACCCCUAUCCCGAGGCGGACGAAAGGGACGCCAUCGCCAAUGAGUGCAACCUCAGUGCCGUAAACUCCGGUGAACCAGUUCCCACAGACGUGACAGCCGGCAUGGUGAACAACUGGUUCUGCAAUCGUCGAAAGGAUGCCAGCAAGCUGCUGAAGCACCCCACCCCGAGCACCGACAUGACGCGGCUUCCCCAGGAUGCGCUGAAGCGGCUGACCAAGCAGCGCGAGCGCUUCACGUUUGUCAAGGGCCACCUGGAGAUCUUGGAGAGGCACUACCAGCGUAACCCUUACCCUAGCCAGAACGACAAGGAGAGGGUCGUCGAGGAGUGCAAUGCUUACUCCAUGGAGAGUGGUUCUAGCCGGUGUGGCUUCAUGACCAUAACCAACGUCAGCAACUGGUUCGCGAAUCGGCGCAAGAGGGAAUUUCACCGCUCGGUGCAGACACCUGACACUUUCACCCAGUCGCCGUCAAGUUACAACACAGUGACCAACGUGGGGGGCCGCUCACUCUGGAGCUCGGACCUGACCGUCGGGCCGCACCACCAGGCGCACCACCCGCACCACCACCACCACAACGGCGGCAUGCAGACGACAAUCAAGGAGGAGCCGCUGGACUUCGACACGGCGGCCGCCGCGUACGACCGCAAGGUACUCCCCGAGAGCGGCAUGUCGUGGAGCACGGACCUGGAUGGAGGCGUCACGCACGUCCCCUCGCCGUACCAGCCGGUGCCACCGCCUCCACCGCCGAUGGGACUCGGUCCGGACGGACCCCCACGCCAUGGGCUGCACGGAAUGAGCAGUCCGGUGCCCGGCAUGGUCCACGGCGGAGAAGGCUCCACAAUGCAGCUGGGACUGCCGCAGCACUCGAUGCACCAGCCGGUCAAGCAGGAAGGCGGUGACGUGUGGCCACUCGACAACCGAGUCCUCUCAACGGGGUGGAGAUAGCUUAUCGAGACGGGCUUUGCGUUUCUGACCUGAUCUGGCCACAGUGUCUCAUUUUAGGGUACCUGCAUCGAGCUCUAACGAGCCCUGGCUUGUCACUUUUGAAAUGUGAGUAACUAGCAGGCUGGCUGAAGGGCGUUAACUUACUGCUUGAGAAGUCAAAACUUUUCACGUUGACAGUGAGCAGCGCAAAUUGCCGAAGUGUGGAAGACACGCAAGAAACAACUCUGGAAGUGAAAGAAGAACAAACACGAGCGCUGUGUGCAACCCUUUCUUUCCUUCCUCAGUCCUUCCUUGCGUGUACUUCAUCUUCAGCACUUCUGUGCUUCGGACCUGCUCAUCGUCAGCACAAGCGCAAACCAACUCUCCCACAUUGCCAAUCUUAUUCAGUAGUAUUCAGGCACUGUCGCCUUAAGAAUAUGAUGCGACUCUAAUCAGUGCAGAAUAGUGAAUAGUUGACCUGCCCUGUGACUACUUAAUGGGCUGUCAAUUUCUCCAUUGGAAGUAGAGGUACAUGUGUUUACGUUGGUACCACAAUGAAGAAGGGGGCAUGAGAAGCAUUAUUAGUCAACACAAUAGGGUGCAAAUUUCAAUGUGCAGUAAGGCAAAAAACUAAGCGAGCUGUGUGUCGUCUCAUUUUUGUUGUCUCUCAAGGAAAUGUCCUGGCUGCUUAGGCAGGGUCAUUUCCGUCCUAAUACGUUAUGUAUCUGACUUUCCUGGUUCCUUCUUUCUGAUUUCGUUGCCUGAGAUUUUUGCAUGCUUGAAACUGAGCAGUUGUUACCAGAAUAGUUUUGCAGUUUGACUGGUUCUUACGCUCGCAAAGUUGCAGUGGUAAUGUCGGUUUGGCUUCAUGCCUCUUAUGGCUGCAGAGAACGGUGCUUGAAAAUUUAGCUUUAUUUGUUAGCCAGUCAACGUACUUCAGCAUGCUUAUUGUUUUACGCCUCUACAUUCACUUUCUAGAGCCAGGGCUUGGGACUUGGCAUGGCCAUAUGUGGCGAGUGAAAGACUUGCAGUCUAGUGCGCUUCUGCAGCUCUUCACUUGAAUGCAUGAUGCAUUCUGAUUAAGCAUAUACAGUUUAGAGAAUUUCUGGCCCUCUUUGCUCGGCUUUGAUGAAAAUAUUAGUUAGGCUUGGUGCAAAGGCUCCCUUGUGGCUGCUGCGUGCUUUAUGAGGGACACGCGGAAUAUUUUUUUUUCUUUGUUGAUUCACAUACACUUCUCUCUGUGGAAGUAUGUUGAAACUUGUCUCCGAAUGGUUCAUUUGUCAAGCUCUGCACCGAGCCAAGCCCCAAGAUUGCCAUACUUGCACAUUUGCAGUGGGUUUCAAUGGCCUCCUCUUGUACUCUACACCUGAGAACCAGUUGGCUCUGGUGCUAGAAAAUACCAGAUUCAGCUAAUUACCACCAAGCUGUUUCUAAAUGUUUCUACAUCCAGAUAGGUUUGCUACGCAAUACCUCAUCCGAAUUUGUGCUGCCCGUCCUUUGCUCAAGUUGGCACUCAACGAACUCAUCACGAAUCACGGGGUCACAUUACGGAUCGGUCGCUUUUGGGAGGAUGAUCAUUUUGAGUGAAUGGGUGCUGAUUUGGCUAAACCAGGAGAAGGCAAGAGGCCAUGUAAGUUCUUUGCUACUGCGUCACAUUCAACAGAAGGCGCCCCAAUAAAUGCCUAGUUGAGAAUAGCGCUAUAGCUUAUUGCCACUUCAACUCUGAUCACUACACAACACGCGUUUUUCUGCUCGUUGAAUUGUCCGUGCAGUCUAUAUGCAUCAAUCUGUCUAUUCGUUGCUCUAUAUCCAUCUGUCGACAUUCAUUCUUGUCAAACCAUUUGUUCGCAUCCGUUCUAGUGUGUAUAUUUGUAUGCCCAUAGCACUGCAUCCAUCCGUUUGCACUAAUUCAUGCGUGCAUAAUUUCAUGCACCCAAAGAAAAACGGAAACACAGUAGGGAAAGACCUUCCCAUAGAGCGUAUAAUAAAGGUAGAGGAGUUAACUAGCUGGUUUGCUAUCCUACAAGACCUUCCCAUAUCAUUCUUUAAACACUGUGUGAUCAGUCGUCUGCCUAACAUAACUAUACCUGCCAAUUCUGCCUGUGGUACUGGCGCUGAUGUGUUGCCGCUUAGGCGAUGUGACAAUAAUGGGGCUAGUUUGAAAGUUAAUGGUUUAAGCGAGUUAAGUAGUGACCACCUCACCAUCGCGUUGCAAGCUGCUCUGCUUCAAUGCCUCUUACGUUCUUUUCUUUUAUAGCAUGCGCUUGUAAACUUGCGCCCAUCUUGGUAUGUUUGUUUACACUGAUCCGUGUGCACCUAUUCAAGUGCACCUGUUCAUUCGCUGCCAUUUACGUGGCAUGUGUUAGGGUGGAUUUUCUCGGGUGUCAUUGCCCUGUUGUUUAGCACCCAUACAUCCGCCUGUCUCACUUUACAGUGAACACUCCCUAGCAACAGGUGUCAUUGCUCAAGAAGCAAUGUGCUACGACAGUACUAGGGUGUUUGAGGGCCGACUGUGACAAAAGCUCGUUCUGGCCAAAAUGUGGAUCAAGUGGUUACUUCAUUGCCUUUGAAAGACUACUGAUGGGCGUGAGUUGAGAGUUAUGUCUAAAAAAAAAAAAAGAUUUUUUUUCUUUGUUUUUGUCGCACGAGGUGCUUCACCGCUGCACCUUAUUGCAAAGCAAUGACCCUUCGAAUGUCGCAGUACCUUGAUUUCUCGAACGGUGUACUCUUAAAGGUCGUCUACACUGCCAAUGUUCAACAUUAGGUACAGCUCCACUUUCGUAGCCAUUUUUGCUCAUAAUCUUGCACUUCCUUCAUCCUAACUCUGAUUGUGGGGCCUCCCCGUUUUCGGAGGAUCAAUGCCUAUGGUUUUGUUUCUACCACCUUAUACUGCUGUCAAUAUAUAUGUAUAUAUAUAUAACUUCUUUUUUUUUCAUUUUUGGAAGAGUUUAAGGCUGUAGAAGACGAGACAUUUUUCUUGGCAGUAAUUAUGCUUUCCUUACCAAAAGCUUUUUUAAAGUGCCAGAAAGAAUUUUCGCUCACGGGACAGUGUUAGUUGGAAACAUUCACUUUUCUGCUUUAUUGCAUCCACUGCAAGUUCUGUAACAUUCUGAUAUGCCAUUAUUUUUCAUGCUCUUAAGUUGGUUCUAAAUCAUGUGGAAAGCAUAAAUAAUAUGAGCGAGCAUUCCAAUAUCCUUGUUCUAAGAGAUACAUAACAAACCCCAUCUUAAAGUUUCCUCCACACAUUUCAUGUCCAGUGAUGCAAGAAAUACGAGUUGAAUCAGUUUAUACUCGCAAAUCUAAAAAUAAUGGUUCUGAUAACAUUUCUUUUUCCUAAUGGGAAGUAAAUAUUACUCACACGAAAAGCUCCUUCAGUCAGCCUGCUUUGCCACAUUGUAUGUUACCAUUCAUGUGUCACGCCAGAACGAAACUGGAAUGUAGGAAAAACAAAUUGGAACCGUCGUUCCACUCUUGCUCACACUCGUGAUGUCGACUUCUUUCCUUCGCAGAUGCCUCGUCGCAGAGGCUUAUGGGCAUUUAGCAUCCUGUUACGUCGCGAUCGUGCACUUUGCACUUGUAAGGGGCACUGCAUUCUCAAAAUCUUUUUUUUUUCUUCCUGUUUUCAUUUUGUUCUGGCGUGACACCACCAAUGGGGAUAAGGAAUGCAGUGGUCAAAGAAACAGCGGAACAGAGCUGGCAGCCACUGGUACAGUGUACUUGUGACAGUUUAAACUUUAAGGGCUCAAUAUUCAUGGA